UCCCGGGACUCGGGGGUGUCAGCUCCUCACAGCUAACGUUCUGAGGUCGCUUGCUCUGUCAGAUCCUCUACUGAAUGGAUGACCAAAAGUGGCUCAAAUAAUGCUCGUCCUAGGAAGCAGUUUUUCAUGUCGCCAUGUUCUGGGUGAAGAAACGGCAGGUUAGAGGUAGACAGCUUGCCAGGCCGGGCACAGGCUCUUUACAUCAUGGCACCUCUCCAGGCUGGUACAGAACUAUUGGAGGGUGUGGAGGGAGGGAUCCUAGGAUCGGAAAGGAAAGGGCACCAGGUGACUUGAAGGACCCCUUCCUGAGAAGCAGGUAUUUCCCAAGGCUGGAUUCUAGUCUAGCACCCCAGUAGGUCAGUGCCAGGCGGAGGCGGGGUGACUAGAGUGAAGUGGACAAAAUCAUAGUCCAGCCCCUGGAUUCUGUCCCUGCCUGUCUGGAACUCCGUAGAAUCAGGGCCCUAGGCACCUCCAUCCACCUGGUCCUUCAAAGAGCUCUAGUCCAGAGAAGGAAAUGGCUGGGCCUGACAAUGUGGAGCUGUGGCCACAGGGUGGCAGCAGUGCCUCAGCUGCGGGGAUGGCUCCCGAGCUCCAGGUGAGGCAGGUCCUAAGCAAGCAGUUGCCCUCUAGUGAGGAGGGGGUCCGUCUACAAAGAUUUGAAGCACUCCCCACUCUGUGAGCUCCCCACUUUCGUUUUGUUCCCUUCUGCAUCUCAUUUUCCUAUCCACAGGCAAAUCUCAGAGUAGUGGCUCUGAGAGGCACAUAUGCAGGGGUGUGGAUGGGCUGGGUGACCCUGGCUGCAGCCAUUAGGGGAGGGACCCUGGCUGGGUCAUCCCGGCCAACUCUGACCCUAACUCUUCUCCCCACUCCCUCUGUUCCAGGACACAAUGCCUAGCCCUUCCUGACAGGGCUUUCUUUAUGCUUUUAUUCUACAAGUUAGAAAAGAGAGGAGGUGGUGAUCAAUUGGAGCUCUCCAACCUGUUGAGGGAUUGGGGGUUCUUAAAGGCCCCCCAGGGCCUGGCGCUGACAAAGCAUCUGCAAUUAAUGAUGCUUCUCAAGCUCUGGAGACAGGAUUUAUGCAUCUAAUAAAGUCUGUAAUUCCAGGCUUAGGGGCUAGGGCCGGAGGCUGAGAGCAGGAAGUCCCGGAGGGGCCAUGGGAGGGGAUCUCAGGGGCUCUUAAUGGAGCCGUGCAUUUCCAUUGCCUGCUCUAGAUUCCCCCUCCAGCUGCGGUGGGGGUGGCGGGCAGGGGGACAGCAGGUAUAAGAGGCAGAUGUGGCCGGAGGAAGGCAGAUGACAGCAUGGAUUCCAGGCAGGCAGCAGUGCUACUGCUGGUGCUGCUUUUCAUAACAGACUGGGGCCACGCUGAAGGACCAGGGGGCCAGGGUGGAGAUCACAUCUUCCUGGAGGAAGACACCGGACCCCGCACGCCACAGGAUGCCGAGGCCCCUGCGUCACUCUUACUCUCCCUGCUCCAGGCCAUGCAGAGACCCGGCCGGAGCCCAGCCUUCCCGUUUCAGCCCCAAAGGUUUGGCAGAAAUACCCAGGGCUCCGGGAGCAAUGACCGGCUGAGUACCCGAGCUGGGGAGGGGCUGAGCGCCCCGUUCUGGAGUCUGGCUGCCCCUCAGCGCUUUGGGAAGAAGUGACAUGUCAUCUCUUGAUCCAUCUGCAUGCAAGGCCCACACCCAAAGUGCCAUGUAUCUCCCCCCCCCCC